CGUGAUAUAUUGUUGUAUUGAAGAAGAAAAAUGGCGGAUAUUUGAUCUCAAAGACUUUCAAAAUAUCCAAAGAUUGUCCUUUUACUCUCCAACGAACAUGAAAAACCAAACAACCCUAGGUGCUAUCAUCCCGUGAGACGGUUCAAUGGAUACCAGGGACAUUCUCGCACAACUUUUGUCGUCUGAGGACAGCAUUUCUUCAACAGGAACGCUGGGCGCUGACGGUCAACCUGUCAAGAAAGACCUAUCGACUCACAUUGAAGACAACUUGUCCAGGCUUUUUGAGUGUCUGAAACUAGAAUAUGGAAGACGAAUUUUGGUGUCCCCAAAAUGGAAAAACUUUGGCAGUCAGAAGUUACAGCUUUCAGAAAAAACUCGUUUGAACAAUGCUAUCUGGAGAUGUUGGCAUAUACAAUAUCAGAAGAACAAAAAACCACUGUUUUGUCAGUUCGUGUCACCACUAUCGUCGGAGGAGAGGGAACCCCCAAAGAAACCACUGGCGAUAAUCCUUCAGGGUCGAUACUGGAGAAGAAAACUUGAUGCCAUAGCCAGGGAAUACCAGAAAUGGAGAACAUACUACAAGCAAAAGUCUCAGGAGGCUGAGGAAGAAGCACAACAAGAGAGAUUACGUACUUUAAGUACGAGUAGUGGAGAUGAUGAGGUGUCUCAUGGCUCGCCAAUGACACAAGUAGUAAAUCUUAUGGAUAUGCAGCUUACUACAGAUAACAUGGUUCACUCGCAUCCAGAUACACUCUUCACCACCAAAACAGCAGUCAGGUCACAAGCAAAAGAAACAAUUCCUGAGGCUUCAAUAUCUGAGAUAACAUUUCAACCAUCGCUGGAUAGUUUACAACCAAACCUUGAUGAAUUUUCAAAACAUAUUGAAAGUUUAGUUGAUUUUUUAACAGAAAACCAGCCCAAUGAAUCUUAUCAAGUACCAUUCAGUACUUCUUCCAGAGAGAGCUUGCAGUUUGGGAGCAACCAACUAACUCCCCUAAACACAAGUCUCACGUCACAGGCUCCAAGUAUGAUGUCUUUCCAAGGACCCCAGAACAAUGUAGAAAUGAUGGACCAAUCCCAGAAUUUUGAACUUUACAGUAUACCUACAGGGGUUGGCCAAGAAAACCAACCUAUCCAACAGGUCACAUCAUUGCAACAAGACCAGGAUUUCAUGGAUACCAGCGAGAACUUUCAACAGUACACAAUGGACUAUGACAGUCAGAUGAACUUGCAGAGUUUUUCACCUUCUUCUGGUCAGCCACUGUCGCAUGAGGGGAUUCCCCUAGAGCAUCUUCAUGAGGAAGUCGAGCAAGAUUUUUUUGUUAAUCAGAAUCAAGCAGAAUCAACGGUAGUACAAGGUACAACCUUGACAUCUCCGACUCAGAAAUCACCAAUUCCUGUGCUCCCUCAGUCUCCAGCCCAACACAUUCCAGGAUCCCAUUUGCAAGAUCCAAAGCUCAUGACUUCAGGCCAGACACGGCAUCUGCCUUACAGACACAGUAGUGGUAACUUACAGGAGUAUGGCACUUCACCAGUAAGAAAGGGCCGAUUACCAAGAAAUGUGUCUGACAACCAGUUAUCGAUGAUUGAUUCAUCACAAUUGAGUACUCUUGGUUUGCCUUUUCUUCAUUCACAAGAACAAAAGAUACCUGCCCAGGUUCAGUUUCCUAACCUUGUGGCUCACUUACAGUCUUCAAAUGCAAGCCACUCGGAAUCUUUAAGUACUGGAACUCAAGCUAAACGUCCUCGGAUUCCCAGGAAUAUGUCUGAUUCAGGGCUGUAUGAUAUGCUAAGAACUUCAAAAUCUCAUCUUCCAACUUCUUACAACAGCAGUUUGUCACAGUUCAGUUCUGCCAUGGCAACCAGUCCACCACCUCACUCAUCACAGCAGACACCUCUGGAGCAAAUACGAGCACAGGCACAGGCAGGGCAAGCACAGUCCCAGAUAUGUCCAGCUCCUUUUCAGCAAACUCCAGCAUCUCAAAUCAAGCAUUCAACUGGUAGAUCACGAAAAGGGAAACUCCCUCGUAACAUGUCUGAUUCCUCAUUAAUGUACAUGUCAAAUCAGAACUCUUCAUUKAAUCUGAAAGGCUUUCCUACACAUAGGAGAAAAUCUAAUGACUCAUUACAAGCCAUGAGUCCCCCAUUGAGCUUGCCAAGUGCCCACUCUGUGUUAUCAUCAUCUAAUCAGGCAGUGGACCCCUUGACAAGACUUCAAAGUACCCAUCCAGUGUAUGCCUCAACAACACUUGCAUCAAGUCAACCCUUCGAUGUAACAAAACAAGUUCCAGUACCGCCAAUCAGCAGUAGUGUGACAGGUGCAAGCGCUCAUGAACAGAUGUUACUAUUUAAUGAACUUCAAAAUCAAAACCAAUCCUCCAUGGCUUCAUCUACAACUCCAAACACAGGAUUAACAAAAAAUGUCUACUCUUUUGCGGAAACUCCCAAGACAGGAUCAUUAUUAAGUCAGCUUUUACUCCAAAGUGAAGGCAGUCCUGAACUGCAAAAGAUGGAAACAAAAGAAUCCCAAAAUCAAAUGGUGAAGCAGCUUCUUCAAGUGGUUCAGAACCAAAGCCAGUUCACUUCUCACAAGCCUAUAUCAAGUCAGGAAUUAAUGUUGGCAGCAAUGAAAUCUACAUCUACUAAUCAGCAGUCCACUGAGCUGAUGUCUCUACUGCAAGGGACAUCACCACAACAGAGAGGUACAGAUCUGGUUGGAACUACAAGUUCAUCUCAACUGUAUCAUAUUCUGCCCCAGCAUGAUCAACAACAGCAACAGCAGCAACAGAAAUCRUUGCAGCUUUUGCAACAGCAGCAGCAGCAACAACAACAACCACUUGUGCAAAUUACUCAGCAAAGAAAAGCAAAAGCUCCACAACAAGCAACUCAAGUCUUAGAGCAAAAGCUACAACAACAGCUACUACAACAACAGCAACAACUGCAACRGCAGGCCACUGAAAAUCAAAAGACUUCACAACUAAUAUCUGCCUUGAAAUCAACAACACAGGUUUUGCAACAGCAGCUUGCUCAACCACAACAAUUACAGCAUCUGCAACAGCACGCAGUUCAUCCACAACUACCACAAGGAGCCAUCUUUGACAGUAAGCAGACAAUGAGUGCAAGGCAGCCAAAUGUAACCAUACAACCAAGAUCAGAAGGUGCGGCAACCAUUACCCAUAAAGUAUACCAAGGACCAGUAUUGAUAGCACCACACCCAAAGGUAUCCAGUAACAGCAUCCAGGGUGCUCAAGCAAGCCUGAAGUCCACUCUGGUGCAGCCUGUGCAAGGGGUUACUGCCGAAGUUCAGCCUUCAACUACCAGUCUGUUGUCCUUGCAGCAGAUGCUGGAUGACAGUACCUCCACUCAGGUUGCCUCACCAUCUGGUUUGAAAGUUGAAUCAAGCACCUUGGGUUUCAAGACCUCUGGUCUUCCACAGCAAAGUACACCUACAAUUACCAGUAGCUUUAGCUUUCCUCAAGCGCUCUUUACAACAGGGACAACGACCACAGCUGCUCCUACAACCAAUGAACUGACUGCCAUCACAGGAGAUUUACUGAACACUGUUUCUACUUCUGCCUCACCUCAAACACCAAAAUUUACGAGGCCAAUUUCAGCAGCUGACCGGGAAAACUAUAAGGAACAUAGAAGACAGUCACAUAUAACUGCUGAACAAAAAAGAAGAUUUAACAUAAAGGUUGGAUUUGACCAGCUAUCAAAUCUCGUCCCAUCAUUAGCUCACCAGAAGAACGCUAAAAUCAGCAAGGCCACAAUUUUACAGAAAUCUGUGGAAUAUACAAUGAAACUACAGCAAGAAAAAGAAAGAAUGAUGGAAGAAGAAGAACUACUGAAAAAGGAGAUUCAAAGUCUGCAUAGUUCUAUCAGCGCCUGCCAGCAACAGUUACCAGCUUCUGGGGUACCCUUGAAUCGCCAGCGAUCAGACCAGAUGUUGACGCUGUAUAAUGAAUAUGUGAAAAUGAGAACGCAAGAGAACUUCAAGUUCUGGAUACUUGGAGUAAUAUUCCGCAAGAUGUUCGAGGUUUACAACCAAAAUGUAUCAACAAGCACCUGGAAAGAAUUUUGUGCUAACAUUCUAUCUUGGCUGGAUGAACACUGCACGCUUCCUAAUCUUAGACCAGCUGUGCUGUCAGCACUACGAGACAUCAGUAGAUCCACAUCAAUCCUGACCAACCCUUCCAAGUUCCCGGACGAGAUCAAGCAUUACAUCGCUACUAAUACCAACCCAACCGUCAUCUCAGAUACCCCAUCAUCCUCGCCAACUAAACGAAACAUACAAGGCAGAAACUAUUUCCACGAUGAUACGAUGCAGUAACCUUAUUAAAAAUGUUUUUACCUACGGAUAACGUUCAGGAAAUUCUGGAACAGUGUCUGAGGAAUGCUGGAUGUGAGGAAUGGUGGAUCCUGACCUUUGAAAAUAUAUAGUGUAAAUAUAAAAUGUAUAAGAGAAGUGCUGGCACAUUUCUUGCUGAUAGCAGAAGUAAAAAGACAAUUCUUUGA